GUUUCUCUUGAAUCAUGGUCGUCGUCUUCCUCUCUUCUGAUUUCUUCGUUAAACCCUAGCAUUUCAAUCCUUUUUGAUCUUCUACAUAAUCAUACAUACAAUUUGAAACGAAGAUGUAUAUGGCGUACGGAUGGCCUCAGGUGAUCCCUCUGGAAUCAGGGCUAUGUCCAACUUCGCAGAAGAUCAUAUACCUUAAAGUUGUUGAUCAUUUAUUACUCGUCGUUUGCCCUUCUCAUUUGGAGCUCUGGAGCUCUUCUCAGCAUAGGGUGAGACUAGGGAAGUACAAGCGAGAUCCGGCAUCGAUAUCAAAAGAGGGGGAGAAUUUGCAGGCUGUCUGGAGCCCUGAUGCUAAAUUGAUUGCUAUUCUUAUAGUAAUAGCAACAUUGCUUUUGGAAAAGAGCAAAGCAUUGCACUAUUUCUGCACUAAUCCGGUCAUGAUUAUAUCCGCUGCAAUAAUGGUGCCAUUGCAUGGGACGUCCUCAUUGUACCUUCACAUUUAUAAAGUCCAAUUUUCUGAGAAAAAAAUACACAUAGGAGGAAAGCAACCAUCCAAUCUGUCUCUUGCAACUUUUUCUCUACUUAUGAGUGAGGAGAUACCCUUUUCAGGCAAGGACUUGGCAGUGAGCAAUAUCAUUUGUGACAGCAAAAACUUGUUGGUUGGACUUUCUAACGGAACCUUAUAUAAUAUGUCUUGGAAGGGCGAGUUUUAUGGAGCCUUGGAUCUGGAUUUCCAUUUGUAUAACGGAAAUGGCCAUGCAAAAUUGUCCAGUGCUCUAGGCAAUGGUGUCACUUCUGGAGUUCUGUCAUCAAGUCAUUCUUUGUCUAGAAAGUCGGCCAUCACUUAUUUGGAGUUUUCGCUACCACUGCGGCUGUUAUUUGUCCUAUUUUCCGAUGGAAAAUUGGUGCUAUGUUCCGUUAGUAAGAGAGGUCUAAAGCAAGCCCACUCUGUUAACUUUGAAUAUCGGUUGGGCUCUGAUGAUGCGGUAUGUACUUCAGUUGCACCAGACCAACAAAUCCUUGCUGUUGGCACCAGAACAGGUGUCAUAGAGUUAUAUGAAAUUAGUGAACCCGUAUCACUUAUUCGCACUGUAUCUUUACAUGAUUGGGGAUAUUCAAUGGAUGAUACGGGUGCAGUUAGUUCUAUUGCGUGGACACCCAAUAGUUCUGCUUUUGCAGUUGGCUGGAAGUUAAGAGGACUUACAGUGUGGUCAAUAUCUGGUUGUCGUUUAAUGUCUACGAUCCGUCAGAUUGGUUUAAACUCUGUCUCUUCUCCACGGGUUAAGCAAAACCCAGAUAGCAAUUAUGAACCUUUGAUGAGUGGCACCUCAUUUAUACAGUGGGAUGAAUAUGGUUAUAGACUUUAUGCUGUUGAAGAAGGUUCUUCAGAAAGAAUACUUGCAUUUUCUUUUGGUAAAUGUUGCCUCAACAGAGGGGUUUCAGGCAAAACACAUGCCCGCCAAGUUAUUUAUGGUGAAGAUCGGUUACUUAUGGUGCAGCCUGAAGAUACAGAUGAACUCAAAUUAAUGCAUCUUAACCUUCCAGUUUCCUAUAUAUCCCAAAAUUGGCCUGUUCUUCAUGUAGCGGCUAGUGAGGAUGGGAUGUAUCUAGCUGUUGCUGGUCUUCAUGGGUUGAUCUUAUAUGAUAUUCGAUUAAAUAGAUGGAGAUUUUUUGGCGAUGUUACUCAGGAACAAAGGAUUCAAUGCACAGGCCUGUUAUGGAUGGGGAAGAUCGUUGUUGUUUGCAACUACAUUGAUUCAUCAGACACGUAUGAGCUGCUCUUCUACCCUAGAUAUCAUCUUGAUCAGAGUUCGCUUCUUUAUCAGAAACCAUUGCUCGGAAAACCCAUGGUGAUGGAUGUCUAUAACGACUAUUUACUUGUCACUUACCACCCAUUUGAUGUCCAUAUAUAUCAUGUCAAGGUAUCCGGUGACUUGACUCCUUCCAGUAAUCCUGUUUUACAGCUUUCUACAGUACGAGAGCUAUCAAUCAUGACUGCAAAGUGCCAUCCUGCUGCAAUGCGGUUUAUACCUGAUCAGCUUGAAAGUGAUCAAUCCAUUAAAGAAACUUCAUCAUCUCCAGAUUUGUUAGAAAAAGAACCCAUUAGAUGUUUGAUACUAAGGGCCAAUGGGGAGCUAUCAUUACUUGAUUUAAUUGAUGGUCGGGAAAGGGAGCUUACAGAUUCUAUAGAAUUGUUUUGGGUUACCUGUGGCCGGUCGGUGGAUAAAACAAACUUGAUCGAGGAAGUUUCAUGGUUAGACUAUGGCCAUCGCGGAAUGCAGGUUUGGUAUCCAUCUUCAGGCGUGGACCCCUAUAAACAGGAAGAAUUCUUACAGUUGGAUCCUGAGCUUGAAUUUGAUCGUGAGGUGUAUCCUCUUGGUUUGCUUCCAAAUGCUGGAAUUGUAGUUGGCAUUACCCAAAGAUUAUCAUUUUCAGCAUGCUCGGAGUUUCCAUGUUUCGAGCCAUCUCCUCAAGCUCAAACUAUACUACAUUGCCUACUCCGGCACCUUCUUCAGAGAGAUAAGAGUGAAGAAGCUUUACAACUAGCUCGAUUAUCGGAGGAGAAGCCUCAUUUUUCCCAUUGUUUAGAGUGGCUUCUUUUUACUGUUUUUGAAGCUGAAAUUUCCAGUAACCAGAAACCAGUUCCUACGGCUAACAAUCCUUCUCUCCUGGAGAAAACCUGUGAUCUAAUAAAGAAAUUUCCGGAGUAUUUUGACGUUGUUGUUAGUGUGGCAAGAAAGACUGAUGGUCGACAUUGGGCAGAUUUGUUUUCUGCUGCUGGAAGAUCAACGGAGUUGUUUGAAGAAUGCUUCCAGAGGAGAUGGUAUCAAACCGCAGCUUGCUAUAUACUUGUUAUUGCGAAACUCGAAGGAGCACCUGUCAGUCAAUACUGUGCUCUGCGCUUGUUACAGGCAACACUGGAUGAAUCAUUAUACGAACUUGCUGGGGAACUGGUGAGAUUUCUGAUGAGAUCCGGAAGGGAAUAUGAACCUGCAACAACAGAUUCGGAUAAACUAUCUCCUAGAUUUCUAGGCUAUUUUCUUUUCCCUUCUAGUUAUAGGAAACAGUCUAUGGAGGCAAGAAGCCCUUCAUUUAAAGAGCAGAAUGCUCAUGUUGCUUCUGUGAAGAAUAUUCUGGAAAGUCAUGCUAGCUAUUUGAUGUCUGGGAAAGAACUCUCCAAGCUUGUUGCAUUUGUGAAAGGCACCCAAUUCGAUCUAGUGGAAUAUCUACAACGCGAAAAAUAUGGAAGUGCUCGUUUGGAGAAUUUUGCUUCUGGACUCGAAUUAAUAAGUCAGAAGCUUCAAAUGGGAACCUUGCAAAGCCGGUUGGAUGCAGAAUUCCUCUUGUCUCACAUGUGCUCAGUCAAGUUUAAAGAGUGGAUCGUAGUUUUGGCAACUCUUUUAAGGCGAUCUGAGGUUCUCAUUGAUUUAUUUCGUCAUGAUAUGCGGCUCUGGAAAGCAUAUAGUGCAACGCUGCAGUCACAUCCAUCAUUUUCCGAAUACCACGAUUUGCUCGGAGCCUUGGGCGAGAAGCUUUCAUCGAACGAAAUUACCGAAGAGACCUGAUGGGAACGCACACAAUUAUCGAACCCCUGAAAAGCUCAACAAGAUAUUCAGCCAAAAAGGAGAUGUUUUUAGCCGAAGAAAUCCGUGUUAAAUAUGGCCAUAUAUCAACGAGUCUGAGAGUGCCCCGUUUCUAUCGCUUGAAACUUGUUGGUGAGCGGUUUUUCCCAUUUGGUCAUUGUUUAGCUUGUUCCGUGUUUUUCACUAGUUGUAUCAUUUUGUAUUUCUCUUCGGUUUUAAUUGGUUUUCUGACCGUGAGAAAAGCCGUGGGGUGGGUGGGUUCUGAAGACCGGAAGUUGAAGAAAUAAUAUUCGUACAUGUAGUUUUUCGGGUGAUCAUCUAAUGUAUAUAUAUAUGACGGAUUCUUCAAAACUAUGCAAUUAUCGAUCUUUUGUGC